AAAUCUCAAGGCGGGGAGGAAACUCCGGCUGGGCCAGUGCGCGGAGCUCCGGCGGCGUGUGGGGAACCGGGGCCGGAACGGCGGCGCCGGCGGAGGCAGGAGCGCACGACAGGCCGUACCACAGCGGAGGAGCAGAAGGGAGCCCGUGGCCCUCUUUUUUCGUAAACACGCUCCCCGCCACUGCCACCUUCCCUCGGCGCCGCGCGCGGUCCUGCCUGGCGCCCGAGGCCGCUGCAACUGAUAUGUAACCGGGGGACUGCAGGAGGAAGGGGACUGGGGAGAAGAGGCUCGCCCGCCGUCGCCGCUCAGAGCCAAGUUUGCAGCCACUUCUGCACGCGCUCUCCCUUAGCCGCCUUCUGUCCGCCCCUUCCAGCAGCCCAGCCGGCCGGGUACCCUUCGCCUCGUCGCGCACCCGGCAGCCGCGGUUCCCCGCGACCAUGGUGACGGUGGAGGAGCUUCGGGAGAUGGACUGCAGCGUGCUCAAAAGGCUGAUGAACCGGGACGAGAGCGGCGGCGGCGCGGGAGGCAGCGGCAGCCACGGCGCCCUGGGGCUGCUGAGCGGCGGCAAGUGCCUGCUGCUGGACUGCAGACCGUUCCUGGCGCACAGCGCGGGCUACAUUCGCGGCUCGGUCAACGUGCGCUGCAAUACCAUCGUGCGGCGGCGGGCCAAGGGCUCGGUGAGCCUGGAGCAGAUCCUGCCCGCCGAGGAGGAGGUGCGCGCCCGCCUGCGCUCCGGCCUCUACUCGGCGGUCAUCGUCUACGAUGAGCGCAGCCCGCGCGCUGAGAGCCUCCGCGAAGACAGCACCGUGUCGCUGGUGGUGCAGGCGCUGCGGCGCAACGCUGAGCGCACCGACAUCUGUCUGCUGAAAGGUGGCUAUGAGCGGUUUUCCUCCGAGUACCCAGAAUUCUGCUCCAAAACCAAGGCCCUGGCAGCCAUCUCACCCCCGGUGCCCCCAAGCACUGCAGAGUCCUUGGAUCUGGGCUGCAGCUCCUGCGGAACCCCACUGCACGACCAGGGGGGUCCUGUGGAGAUCCUCCCCUUCCUCUACCUUGGUAGUGCCUAUCACGCUGCCCGGAGAGACAUGCUGGACGCCCUGGGCAUCACAGCCUUGCUGAAUGUUUCCUCGGACUGCCCCAACCACUUUGAAGGACACUAUCAGUACAAGUGUAUCCCAGUGGAAGAUAACCACAAGGCCGACAUCAGCUCCUGGUUCACGGAAGCCAUUGAGUAUAUCGAUGCGGUGAAGGACUGCCAUGGGCGGGUGCUGGUACACUGCCAGGCGGGCAUCUCUCGCUCAGCCACCAUCUGCCUGGCCUACCUGAUGAUGAAGAAGAGGGUGAGGCUGGAGGAGGCCUUUGAGUUUGUCAAGCAGCGCCGGAGCAUCAUCUCACCCAAUUUCAGCUUCAUGGGGCAGCUGCUGCAGUUUGAGUCCCAGGUGCUGGCCACGUCCUGUGCAGUGGAGGCCGCCAGCCCCUCGGGGCCCCUGCGGGAGCGGGGCAAAACCACCCCCACCCCCACCUCGCAGUUUGUCUUCAGCUUCCCGGUCUCCGUGGGGGUGCACUCGGCCCCCAGCAGCCUGCCAUAUCUGCACAGCCCCAUCACCACCUCCCCCAGCUGUUAGAGCCCAGACGCAGAGCCCCCAAGCCGAAGUCGGCUUUCAGCAGAGGUGGGUGGGCCAUGUGUGGCGGCAAGUCGGGACUGACCAGCAGGGGGCAGGUGACCAAGCUCCUUCCUCAUCCACUUCUCCUUGGCCAUCCUCCGGGCCAGCUUGAAUGGCAAUAAGGACUUUGAAUACAUAUUAAAAGCAAACAAACAAAACACUCCAACUUAGAGCAAUAAUGGCUGCCUCAGCAGCCGGGGAAGACCUUGGUUUGGUUUGUGUGUCAGUUUUACUUUUAUGAUAGAAAUUUCUUACCUCAUUUUUUUAAGCAGUAAGGCUUGAAGUUAUGAAAUCCACAGAUCCUGGCAAAUGUGCCCAACCAGUUUUAUUGGGAGGAGGGGGGCGGGCAGGGGAUAAGAAGCAAACAUGUUUCCCAGAAGUGCCUGGAUUUCUGUUCCUGCCCCAUUUUUGUUGUUGUCAUAGUUACAGGAACUUUAUUAUUUUUUUUUUAAAGAAAACUUUUAGGACAUGGUUUUUAUUUCCAAGUCACCAACAGGUGAAAAAUUAUGCUUAAUAAUAAAUAAAAGUAUUUAUUAAAAAUGUCCUCAGUAUGUAAGUACAAGGAGUCCAGCGACAAUGACUUUAGAAUUUAUUUAUGUGGAUGUCAAACAACGGAGCACAGCAGCAUGCCAAUGUCAGAGCAGUUAGGAAGUUCAUGAUUUCUUGGUCACGUUCAAGGUUAGCAUGGUCAUCAACUUGUGUUUGUUGCCCCUGAGAGGCAGGUGGAGUGGGAAGAGGAAGAAAGGAAAGGAUUCCUGUGGAGCUGGUUCCUGGGCACAUAUACCACUGAAGCUAUUUCAGCCCCAACAGUACACCCUUCUCUCUCUAACGAUCAUGAAUUCGAUUGGCUGAUCGGUGUGUUUUUUCCCUAGCCCUGCCUAGGGCUUGUAUACCAUCCGUGAUAAAUGCCAUAUCCUAUGAGGUGCUCCUGAAAAAUUGGGUGCAAUUCUCAUUCUCCUGCAGUGAAUCGUUCGGCAAGGUCAUUGGGGAAACCAGCUAACUAGACAUAAUAAACCUAAAAUAAGCCCUUUUGUAAAUUAAAGCACCCUCUUUUUUUGCACAAAUCUGAGUUUUUCAUCCUAGAGAGUUUACUUGAAGUAUGCCAACCAAUUCCUGCGUUCUUAAAAUUCCUGGUUUAAGUGGAUAUUUUUAUGUGCCCUCUUUUGAGUGAAAAGAGGGGAAAGGUCCCCUCGAGGUUUUCGAGGGGCAGGAGAGUGCAGGGCAGGGCAGACUCCUUGCCUGGGUCUGGCUGCUGGGUUCAGUGAAGUGCAUGGUCACGGGCACUUGGGGGGCCAUUGUAGAACCCUUUCUUGGGACAAUCCCAUUUUAAGAGGCCUUUCCAAAUGGAAGAAUGGCUUCGGAGGGAGAAGGACAUGUUUUCUGUGGGGUGGGCUUGGGGGGAGGGAGAGGGAACAAAGCUACCUGUUACUUCAUUUGUAGUAUUGUGGAAUAGUGUUGUUAAGGAGUACCAGAUUAGAGGCCAUUGCCAACUUGUCUAGAAAUGAGAGCAUGUGUUUUUAGCCCUUUGAGAGUCUAGAUCUAAAUGAACAUUCUUGCUCACCUACAAAUAACUUCAAGCCUCAAUGUCACUGUAGUGUUGAAAUGCCCUCUCUCACCUGAGUAUCCCAGACAGGACCAGGCUCAUUACAUUUCCUUCCAUGAACCUGUGUCUGCAUCAUUAGUCCUGCCUCUUUCAAGCCCCACCUCUGGGUGAGGCCAGAGUUUCCGCUUCCUGCUUUUAGAAAAGCCAGAGGCUGCCUCCUGCCCCUGGGAGCUGCUUGGCUGACUAGUUAGUUAAGGGUGAGGCGUGGAGGGGUCAGGGUUCCUGGACAAUGGACCCAUUUAGAAACAGCGCAGUUGGACGUUCCUGUCUUUUCCUUGAUUCCUGGAAGUCACUUCAUGUUUUGUGAUGAACGAGGUCAAAUGGGUCCUGCAGCUGAGAAAGCUGUGGAUUCCAGUGGCAGAUCAGCAGGGGAGGAGGGGUUGCUUGGGGGGGAGGGAGGAAAAGGAGCUGGAGAACAGAUUCACUUUCUGAAGAAGGAGUGUACAUUUGCCAAAAACUAAGCGUAAUGCUUUCCCAGAUUGGAAUUUAACCACGUGGAUGGUCAGAACGCAGGAUGAGUUUCAGGUCUGUCUUUCCUCAGCUUCCCAAUUCAAGUCUUCUACCACAAGGUCAAAUAACUAUUCAUAAAGCCAUUUUCUCUGUAUUUGGUAAUAGUGCGGGUCCCAAAGCUCUUUGAAAUGAAUAGGACAUUGGCUUGAUUGGAAAAGGGGACUUUGUUGUUGUGGUUCUCCCAGCAGGAGCCCCUUUGAUGACUUGGAAUAACUGUAAGGAAGACACCAGCAUAGGGUGAACCUGAAUGGUCAGUGAGUUUCAACAGGCGCCCCUCCCAUGAAAUGAUUUCUGGUGAUGUGAGAUUCUCCAAUGGCCGGAGGGCAUUGCCUCGGUCACCGGUUAUCCGUGUUGCUAUUGGCUAUGAGAGGCAGUAGGUUCUCUGGAUGUUCUAUGGAGACCCAGGAAUGCUGCUGAUUGCCUCCUCAAAUCUUGUCUGUCCACAGGCAUUUAUGGAGGACCACUAAGGGAAAGUGGCCCGAUGUUCCCACAGAGCAGGAUUAGGCUGAAGCCAGGCAAGUGGACGGCUGAUAGCGCCGCCUUCAGUCAUCCUUACCUGAGGCCAUUUUGUUCAGGUGUUCAGUCCAGCCAGAUUCCAGACAGUUUUCAACAAAACUGAGAAACCGCGAGAAUUUUUUUUUUAAUCCUUGGGUAGAUGGACAGGGGAAAGGAGGACAGUUGAUUCAAAUGUGAGGGCAAGGGGCUGGAGACUGGGGCUGGCCAGGGGUUACUAAGCCUAGUAUUAAAGCAGUGGUUUGCCUUGGCUGCCCAUUAGGAUCAUUUAAGUCAGAGUUUCUGGGAGCUGGACCCAGGCAUUAGAAUGUUUCAAGGCUCUCCAGGUGCUUGUGAUGUGCCCCCAAGUUCAGGAAGCUGCUGUCGUUCCUGCAUGGCACGAUGCUGUUGGUGGCUGGGCCUUGAUGACACAGAACUAGCUUGUCUCACAGGAGCCACGGGGUUUGUCACUGGCUCAGUUUGGCCCCCGCCCAGGCAGGGGACAAGAUGGUUUAUCUCAGGAGCUCCUCAAGGGGUGUGAGGCCCCCCUGAGUAGGGCACCCUGUCCUGCUCUCUGGGAUCAUCAUCAGGUAACUGAAUACAGCGGCCAGAUGUCAAUGUUUUCCUUGAAAUUCCUUGUCUAUCAAAUUAAGAUGGAGAGUGUCACCUCCUUGAAAGUGCCCCCUCUCCCUCCAUUACCCUGCCCUUCCUUGGAGUUGGAGUUAUACAAGGAAGAGACUUCUUACAGACAGAGCAAUGCAAUACUCGUAACUUUUGUAAAUAGCCCAUCUUUCAGAGUGGUGUCAUUUCUACAUUUGAUAUGCCUGUAUUUCUGUAGGAUGUAUAUAGUUUAGGGGACUUUUUUGUUGUUGCUUAGUUUUGUUUUUUUAGAAAAGUCAACAUGUCUGUUUUUAUUUAUUGCUUGAAAAAAGAUCAUUUGAAGAAAAAUAAAUACAUUUUCAACCACUUCUGGCUUGGUUUGCCCUUUCCUUGAAAACUGUCCCGCUCCUCUGACUUGGAAGGGGAAGAAAGAAGAUGUGGGCCUUUUAAUAAUCUCAUGUGUUUAGUGACAUCUGCAGUGAGACGGGCUGGUAAAAUCGGUCAGCCCAUUUGUGUUCCCUGAACAGCACUCAAGGAAAAGGAGAGGAAGAGGCUGGUCCUAAUCUCUGAGAGCCUGAUACCUCCAGUAGCUGAGAGACUGGUGGGGAAGAAUUGGAUGACAGAAAUAGACAGGGCCCUUCAUCUGAGAAUCUGCUGUGUGCCAAGCACAGGAUACAGAGAUAAGGACGGAUUAGAACACUUGAAAAAAAGUCAAAAGACAUACUGUACUGUGUUCUUGGAUACAAAGACUCAGUGUUGAAAAGAUACUUCUCCAUAAAUUAGCCUAUAUAUUUACCUAUACACUUAAUGUGAUCUCAAUCAAAACACCAACAGGAUUUAAGGGGGAAUGACAAAACGAUCCUGAAUUUCACCUGGAGAAAUAAAUAUGCAGACAUAGCCAGGGAAGCUCUAAAAAUAACAGAGGGAAGGGAAUCAUGAGGUGUGGGAAGAGGGAUUUAUAUCCUUCAGUAUUGUGCAUCUACCAUUGUUAUGAUAAAAAUUGCUUUAAAAUUUUUUUACAGGAGAUUAUUUUAAAAAUUGAGAUUCUUGGGCCCACCUCAGACUGAGUCAGAGACUCUACAAACUCCCCCCAGGUGACUGAUUUCCAGCCCAGUUCAGGAAUGAAUGUCUGACCCGGAUUAUAUCCGCUUGUGUCUAUUCCCCUUCCGUUGAUGCGCUCCCAUGGUAACAACACACAAACCAUAAGUGUUCCAAUUACUACUAACAACCAUUUUAUUUUGCCCAUGGAUUUGUUGUUCAGGAGUCUGGGAAGGGCUCUGCUGGGCAGUUCUUGCUGGGGGUCUCUCAAGUGGUUGCAGUCAGGUGCUACCUGGGGCUGCUCUCAUCUGAAGGCUCUAUUAGGCUGGAUGUCCAAAAUGGCUCUCUGACGUGACUACAGUUGAUGCUGGCAGCUGACUGAUAGUACAGCUCUGCCUGUCGACCACAGCGCCCAUACGAGUUCUCUCUAGGUUUCUUACACGGCAGAUCAGAGCUCCAGAGUGAGUAUUCCAAGGCGAUUAAGGUGUAAACUCUACUCCUUUUAUGACCUGGCUUCAGAAGUCACAGAGCAUCACUUCCCCUCAAAUAUAUUAUUUGAAGCAGUUUCAAGAAUGCCCACACUCAAGGAGUGGUGCCUUAGGCAGGGUUCUCUAGAGAAACAAAACCAGUGAAGCAUACAUAUAUGUAUUAGAGAGAGAGAGAGAUUUAUAUCAAAGAAAUGGCUCAUGCAGUUGUAGAGGCUGGAAAGUCCCUAGCCUGAGGGUCAGGCUAGAGGCUUCUCCUGACUCUUGUAGCUACAGUGGCUGAUGAGGCCAAGAUCGGCAGGUCAGACAGCAGGCUGCUGUCUCAAGUCCCAAGAACUAAAGCUCAGAUGAUGACAAGCCCAAUGUAGGAUCCAGAGCUUUGCCAGAAAGGCCAUAUACAUUGGAUGCAGGCCACACCCCAAGGAAACUGUUUGGCUGCUCAUAGCAGAUCUCAUCAUGGAGGUGAUUGCAUUACAUCAGAUCUCAUCAUGGAGAUGACUGUACUAUAUCCGAAGGUAUCAUGGAUGUGAUAUCAUUACAUAAGUGCCCAACUACAUCAUAACUGCCAAACAUCAGCUUUUUAAGUUUCCAGAUGGAUCUGCUGCACCGUACAUGCUGACACCAAGGUUAUUGCUUAAAUCCUUCCUGGAAUCCAAUAAAAGACAUUAAAUUGAGUGAAUCAGAAGGCCUCAGUUCUAACUGUAUUAGGAGUUCUAAUACAUGGUCUUCAUGCUGCUGCUGAGCACCCCUGGUCCCAUAACAUUGCUAAUCCACUAAAAUAUUAUUUUCUAUUGAGCUCAGGUCUAGGUUUGUCAUCGAGCUUUUAACAGAGCACUCUAGGCAGCUCUUACUGCUUCCUUAGAGUUGGCCUGCAAGAUAAUAACAAACAAAUGCUAAUAGUUGUUGAGUGCCAUUCUAAGUACCUUAUAUUAACUCAUUUAUUCCUCACAACAGCCUAAUGAGAUACAGGACCUGAUAUGAUCUCUGGUUUACAGAUGACAACAGCUGGGCACAGGGAGAUCAAGUAGCUUGGCCAAGAUCCGAGUUGGUCUGUGGAAGAGCCAUGAUUGGAACCCAAGCUUCCAGCCACUAUGCAUUCUCCCUGCUUAUGCCCUACUGGCCCCACCUGAUCCACAAAAUGUCACAACAUAAACUAUCUACAGAUAAGGAAAUGCUAGAAAGUAGAAAGCUGGAAGGCAGAAAGCUGCAAAAGCAUGAUCCAAGGAGAAAAUGGAGGCAAGAAGGGUCUAAAGUUCUCACUGAUUUCAGAUCCUUGGCCACUGUACUAGGUCUUAACUCAAGUUAACUUGGGCAGUACCUUUUUGCAAUGUGAGUGACACAGAGGGAAAUUGAGGGCAUGAUAUGGAGAACAAUUAGCUAGGGAAAAUGUGUCCUGGAUCCUGUAACACCAGGAUACAGAGCUACAGAAACCCUGUCCACCAGCCAAGCUGGGAUAGGUAGACAAGAGGAGCUAGCUCCAGGGUAUCUAGGCAGGACACACACAUUCCCAUGAGACCCUGCUAAAACUCCUCCCCUGGUUCUCCAGAGUCAUUUAAUACUAUGUGAUGGGGAGAUUUGGACUGAUUUCUAUUGGUAUUAUAGUUGUGACCCAGGCGGACCAACACGCUGCUGAUAUUCUUCCGGAAUUUUCAUCCAAAGGAGUUGGAAACAGAAAAUAUACAUCAAAUGGGCAAGCAUCUGCUAUCUCCCAGCACUAGGCUCUUAGGGAAGAACUAAUUUGGACAACCCAGCUUUGAUCUCCAACUUCUUACCCCAUGGACCUAAAGCAAAUGGAUCUACAGAGUAGUCCUGCUAUGGAUUAAAUUGUGUCUCCCCAAAAUAUGUGUUGGAAUUCUAACCCCUAUACCUGUGGAUGCAAUCCUGUUUGGAAAUAGGAUUUUCUUUGUUAUGUUAAUUAGAUUACACAUAUGUAGGGUGGUUUUUGACUUAUAAAAAGAGCAAGUUAGACACAGAGACUUGCAUACACAGUGGGGUGCAGAGAAGGGAUAGACACUGUGUGAGAUUAGUCUACAAACCAAGGAACUAGGGAACAACAGGGGGUUCUGACGAGGUAACCAACAUGGCCAAGUUGAUUUGGACUUUUUCAGCUUCCAGAACUGCGAAAAAGUUAAUUUCUGAUCUUUAAAGCCACCCUGCUUUUGAAAUUUGUGUUACAGAAGCACUAGUAACCAAGACAAGGUCCCACACUAAAUUUCCUUCUUCCUUCUAAUUGCAGGUGAAGAGUGGGAGGUACAGACUCUGUCUGGCAGGAGAAAGGAGAGGCAUGUGCUGAUCUUGAGGCAUAGGAACCUCACCCAAUGGAAAAAAUGUAGUCCAACGAAUGUCCUAGGUUCUGACCAGUUGGACAGGCCACUCAUCUUUCCUAAGAAAGAGGGCUGUCAGUGAAGAGGUGGAUGAACAGACAGAGGCAAAGAAAGGCGUUAGAAACAAGACAAAAAGGGUCAGUUUCCCCAAUACGUACCUUCAGGAGGAGAGAAAAGCCUUUAGAGAAAAGUUGUCUAUCACCCCUGAUAUUGAGGAUUACAUAACUGUUUGUUCUCUAAGGGUUUUAUCCAGCCCUUAGAGUGGUAUGCACUUUAUCUUACGGGAAUUAGUGAAGGUCCCAUUUGAGUUCCAAACAUUUCACUGCUGAUAGCACAGGCGGGAGGAAAAGGAGCCAAGAGGUCAAUUCUGUGGGUACCAGGAUGAUGUUCUGAACAUGGUGUUCAGGUCUCCCUCAGGAUACCAGGGGAUCUAGUCUUAUCAGAAUAAUUGAGGGAACUGGCUCCCUGCUAGCUUCCAGAGAAAGUUCAGUGGGAAGAUACUGAACUUGACCAACAUAGUGGCUUGUUUAUAGGUGCCUCUUGGGACAAAUAUUCCCAUUAUAGCGUUCUCUGGCUGAUGUUGCUGCUGAGCAAACAUAAUUCUCAUCUUUUAGUAACAGCACCCCAAUAUUAAUCAUGGAUAUAUGCAUUCCCCCAUAUGCUUCAGUGGAAGCAGAACCUACCUGAGCUCAGGGCUGGGACCUGUGGUUCAGUCCUAAAUUAAACAGCAUAGACCAUCCAAAGAGCCACGGUGAAGUUCAGGGAUGAACACCCGACCUAAACGGUCCAUCAGACUGAAGCUCCGGGCUUUUAUUGGGUGCUUGGGAAUGAAUUCUUCUCCACAGCUGUCACAUGAAACCUGUCAUCUUAGGGGCUAUCAGGACCAUCUUGAGACCGCAAGAGAAAAUUCUCCAGAGGAUGGAGCCAACAUGGAGGAAUUAGGGCAAGAAACGGAGAUAUUGUUUGUGCUGCCAGACCCAGCCUUGUCUGCAGUCUGGACUUGUCCAUCAUUGACCCAACAAGUUUUCUUCUUUUGAUAAAAUCAAAUUACGUUUCUUGCAACUACAAUACCCUGACCGAUACACUCAUUUCACCCCUUCUAGGCUUGUUCAACUUCUAGACAGAGGUUGAUGGAGAAAAGUGAAAUCCACCAGUGCCUAAGGUACUUUUUGUAACUCUUCACUAAUACCUGUCUUGGGAGCCUACCUACUAACUCUGAAGAAGAAGCCCAGCGAAGUCUGUGAGAAUCCCUGAACUAGGCUGAGAGCCAGCAUAUAGAGAAAUGGAAUAUGGAGAAUGAUACUUUUAUGCAGAAUAACAAGAGAAGUCCAGCUUUUCUUUUUAUUAAAACUAUUGCCAUGGAGUCGAUUCUGACUCAUAGUGACUCUACAUGACAAAGUAGGACUGCCCCAUACGGUUUCCAAGGAGCGCCUGGUAGAUUUGAACUGCCAACCUUUUGGUUAACAGCUGUAGCUCUUAACCACAAUGCAACAGGGUUUCCUUUUAUUAAUAGUAAUAUUCAUAAAUCAAACUUGUUU